CUCCUCCUCCUGGCUACCCUCCAUUUCCUCAGCGGUGCAAGAGAUGUUCACUCAACAACACACUGGGCCUGACAUGUUUUAAAAACACCCAAUGUGUCCCUACUUCCUUACUCUGUGGGGCACCGACACCAACAGUAACAAAUAUGACCAUCUCCUCUAAUAAUAACAGUAGCACUUCUGACGUAAACUCCUGUAUGGACAUUACAGAUCCCGGAUCUACAAAGGAUCCUAUCAGUUGCCAAGGUCAGCUCUGUUAUGUCAGUGACUUCCUCCAUUUGCCUGCACCAGGGGUCGGCAAAAUCAACCGAAACAGUAGCUCCAACUGUUUAAUAGGAGACCACUUCUCGCUCUUUGGGCCAUCACUUCCCAGUGGUGAUAGCAGUGGCAACACAAACGAAUAUGGAGAUGGGCUCAGAUAUACCCAAUCUUGUGUUGCUCAAUUCCCAGGCCUACGAAAAUCAUCAACGACAUGUAAAAAGUGGGAGUAUGCUAUCCAAGGAUCGUGUUUCCUUCACACAUGUGGACCCGGCAUGGACUGUCAGUCCCCCUAUGUUUGUCGGAAAACAAAAGCUGCAUCUACUAAUCCCAUCCUCUACGGCCUAUGUAUGAACCCACGCUCGCAAGUGGACCCUGGUGAUAAUGAAGGUAAUGUAGAUGAUGAUAGAAACAAUGCCCACGCUUGGGGGAAACGAGAUGAUUUACUCAUCGGACUUUUAGUCGGGAUCUCUGUUGAUACUGGAUGUUGGCAAUUCAGAAAGAGGCGGCUCCAACAGCUGACUCUUUUGAAUGGCGAAACAGAUCAUCGGACAUUGUCCCAAAAGAUUACGUUUUGGACAGAAACACGUUGCUUGUUUACCUACUGCUGUUUCUGCUCCAGACGCGUGGUUCUGAUGCUAUAGCAUCGACAGCUGUAGAUACACAAGCCACAGCAACAGCGUCAGCAGACAUGAGGGGCUUUCAAGACUUGAAUGCAAUAAUACCGGUGUAAUCAGA